AUGAACAACACUCCUGGCCAAGUAUCAGCGUCCCCCACGCCAUCAGACCCCCGCUCACCGCGCCCUCCCAGGCCCAAAAAGCCAAAGGCCGGCAACCCAAUUUCAGUCGCGGUGCAGAAAUGGACGACCUUGCCCAGGGUCGCGCAGAGGCUGCAGGCCGUCGCCGUCUCGUCGACGGCUCUGGUCGACGCGGCGCCGAAGCGCUGGGUCAUCUACGAGCCCAUGGCCCUGCUGCCCAGUGGGAGCUUUGCGUCGGAAGACUGGCGGAAGGUCUUGGAUGGUCCCCCGCCUGGUGAUGGAGAUGAUGACGAAGGCGCCGACACCAGCAGCGACGGUGGUUGGUUGCUGUCGGCCUUGUGGCGCGGCAUCCUCGACGGCCUCUCGGCAAAGUCCCCCCAGCCCCUGACGCACCUGGCCGUCAACGACGGCAUCCCGCUAAACCUCCCCGGGGGCGCCGCCGAUGACGCACCCGCGCCGAGGGGACAGGUGUCUGCAGCGGGCUCGGACCUGUCGCCGCGGGAGAACAUCCUGCGCAGCCCCAGCGGCCUGCGGAUGCUGUAUGGGGAUUUCGGCCCGGGGGAGGCAACAAAAGGUGGCGACGACGGCGACGCGGCCGAGGAGCCAGUUGCGGAUCAGGACUUUGACCUCGCCCUCUGGGUCUCGACCAAGCAAAACGGCAUCUACCAGACGUGGGCGCCGCGAUGGACAAUGUUCAGCCGCGGCAACGUCAAGGAGAAGGCCCGGCUGCUGGCAUUCCACGAGGAUCGAGGCUCUUCGUCGGUCCCAGGCACCACCACCACAACCAACACACCCCAUCCCGUCCCACCCCAAGCAUCUACGGCGGCCUCACCGCCUUGGGCCGUAGAUCUGUACGCGGGGAUCGGGUACUUUGUCUUCUCGUACGCCAAGCUUGGCAUGCGCGUCUUGUGCUGGGAGGUGAACCCGUGGAGCGUCGAAGGGCUGAGGAGGGGCGCCCGCCGCAACGGGUGGAAGGCCAAGGUGGUCAGGGGCAGCCGGGAUCUGGGCAGGCCGACCCCCGACUUGAUAGACGACGACGACCACAUCGUCGUGUUCCUCGAGAGCAACGUCGAGGCCUCGAGGAGGUUGCGGGAGCUGCGCUCUGCUGCUUCCCCGGACGCAGCCGGCUUCUUGAACGUGGUCCACGUCAACUGCGGCUUCCUGCCAACGAGCCAGCCGAGCUGGGGCCUGGCGGUGGAUAUCGUCCGCGGCACAAAGGGGAGCUGGCUUCAUUUGCACGAGAACGUGGCCGAUGACGACAUUUUAGAGCGUGGCAAGGAGAUCGAGACGGUGAUUGGAAGCCACGUUGAUCAUGCUAAAGCCUCGGGUGACGACGACCCGCCCCGGCGAGUAGCUCUGCAGCAUACCGAGCUGGUCAAAACAUUCGCCCCUGGGGUGUGGCAUUGUGUAUUUGACGUCUAUGUUGGCAUCUGA